GUCUCAACCUCUCUUUGCCUCAAUAGAGUUGAAAUACAUACAAUGGAACAGCCAAGGCUGCUUUAUGCCUUGGCACUUUGCCUUGCCAUCACAACCGUGGUAGCCACCGAUUCUAAUUACAAGUAUACAUCUCCCCCACCACCUCUUAAGCAUUCACCCCCACCACCAUCUAAAUCACUAUCACCUCCAUACAUGUACAAGUCUCCACCACCACCAGUUCACUCUUCAUCCCCACCAUAUGUCUACAAGUCUCCACCACCACCAGUACAUUCACCACCACCACCCUACAUCCAUAAGUCCCCACCACCACCAGUCCACUCCCCACCUCCACCAUAUGUCCACAAAUCUCCACCCCCACCAAUCCAUUCACCACCUCCUCCCUACAAAUACAAGUCUCCUCCUCCACCAGUCCACUCCCCACCUCCACCAUAUGUCCACAAAUCUCCACCCCCACCAGUCCACUCCCCACCUCCACCAUAUGUCUACAAGUCUCCACCACCACCAGUCCAUUCACCACCACCUCCUUACAAAUACAAGUCCCCUCCACCACCAGUCUACUCCCCACCUCCUCCAUAUGUCCAUAAAUCUCCACCCCCACCAGUCCAUUCUCCACCUCCUCCCUACAAAUACAAGUCUCCUCCUCCACCAGUCCACUCCCUACCUCCACCAUAUGUCCACAAAUCUCCACCCAUACCAGUCCACUCCCCACCUCCACCAUAUGUCUACAAGUCUCCACCACCACCAGUCCAUUCACCACCACCUCCUUACAAAUACAAGUCCCCUCCACCACCAGUCCACUCCCCACCUCCUCCAUAUGUACACAAAUCUCCACCCCCACCAGUCCACUCCCCACUUCCACCAUAUGUCCACAAAUCUCCACCUCCACCAGUCCAUUCUCCACCCCCUCCCUAUAAAUACAAGUCCCCUCCACCACCAGUCCACUCCCCACCUCCACCAUAUGUCUACAAGUCUCCACCACCACCAGUCCAUUCACCACCACCACCCUACAUCCAUAAGUCCCCACCACCACCAGUCCACUCUCCUCCUCCUCCAUAUGUCUACAAGUCCCUACCACCACCAGUCCACUCCCCACCUCCUCCAUAUGUCUACAAAUCUCCACCCCCACCAGUCCACUCCCCACCUCCACCAUAUGUCUACAAGUCUCCACCACCACCAGUCCAUUCACCACCCCCUCCCUACAAAUACAAGUCCCCUCCACCACCAGUCCACUCCCCACCUCCUCCAUAUGUCCACAAAUCUCCACCCCUACCAAUCCAUUCUCCACCCCCUCCCUAUAAAUACAAGUCCCCACCACCACCAGUCCACUCCCCACCUCCUCCAUAUGUACACAAAUCUCCACCCCCACCAGUCCACUCCCCACCUCCACCAUAUAUUUACAAGUCUCCACCACCACCAAUCCACUCCCCACCUCCUCCAUAUGUCCACAAAUCUCCACCCCCACCAAUCAACUCCCCACCUCCACCAUAUGUUUAUAAGUCUCCACCACCACCAGUCCAUUCUCCACCUCCUCCAUAUAUAUACAAGUCCCCUCCACCACCAGUCCAUUCACCGCCCCCUCCUUACAUUUACAAGUCUCCACCACCACCAGUCCAUUAUCCACCUCCUCCAUAUGUGUACAAGUCCCCUCCACCACCAGUCCACUCCCCACCUCCUCCAUAUGUCCACAAAUCUCCACCUUCACCAGUCCAUUCACCACCCCCUCCUUAUAUCCACAAGUCACCACCACCUCCAGUCCAUUCUCCACCUCCUCCUUACAUAUAUAAGUCCCCUCCACCACCUAUCCAUUCACCACCUCCACCCUACAUCUAUAAGUCCCCACCACCACCAGUCCAUUCACCACCCCCUCCUUACAUUUACAAGUCUCCACCACCACCAGUCCACUCUCCUCCUCCUCCAUAUGUCUAUAAGUCUCCACCACCACCAGUCCAGUCCCCACCUCCACCAUAUAUCUACAAGUCUCCACCACCACCAGUUCAUUCACCACCCCCUCCUUAUAUUCACAAGUCUCCACCACCACCAAUCCACUCCCCACCUCCUCCAUAUGUCCAUAAAUCUCCACCUCCACCUGUACCUUAUGUCUACAAGUCCCCUCCACCACCAUCACAUCCCAAACCUCAUCCUCAUCCUCAUCCUUAUCCUAAGCCUCAUCCCCCACAUCCGAAUACUCCACGCCCAAAACCCAAGUAUCUUUACAAGUCACCGCCACCUCCGAAGGCUUUCUAGGCUAAUGUUUUCUGCCUCAUCAUUAUUUAAGUCUGUUAGCUUAUAGUAUCUUGCAAAGAAGAAUAAGUAUUUAAAGAUGUAAACGUUUGUUCGCUUCUUUUACAUGGAAAAUCUACUGUUAUCAUCUUUCAUACUUACAAGCAAUAAAAUUAAUUAUAUAUUUAA